UAAAAAUGAUGUUCAAAAUAACCCUAUUGAAAUUGUCUCGUGUAGUGGAAGUUGUAAUCAUUACCAAAAAAGCAGAGAUGAAUUGGGUUGGUCGUUUAAAUCAAAUAUUUCGAAACAAAGUUUUGAUGGAAUCCCAGAUAAAGUAUCAUCUAGCACAACUAAAUUAACUAUAGCAUCUUCUAAUAAUAAUUCGCUUUUAAAUUAUAUAUUAAUUACAUUUACAAAAACAUACCUUCAAAACACGGAAAUCAGAACACAAAUUAUCCAGCCUAUAUCUACUGGCCAUUUAAUUUGGCUCAGAUAUUCUUUAAUAUUUAAAAAUAUAUAUGCUUCAAGGUUUAAUUUUUUUACAGGUCCACCCGAAGCAGAUAUUGAUGUUGAAAUUGUUUAUAUAUCACCAAUUCCGAACUCAUCUUAUACCAUUUUACUAAUGAAGCCAAAGAAUCAAAAUAUAUGUUAUGAAGCAGUUCAAAAUAAUGUUUUUACGUUUCUCGCUAGUAUUGGUGGCUUUUAUUAUUUUAUGACAGCAUUCUAUAUUUUAUUAUUUGGAUCGCCAAAAUACUCUCCUUGGGGCUACUGUCAAACUUGUCCAUGCUGGUGGCCAUUUCGCCGAAAUUACAAAAGACAUCUCGCAAAACAAUUUAUUUGCAAAAAUGGUAGAACUCUAUUUGUUGAUGAUCCACUUGAGUUGAUCUCUGAUGCAUCAUCCAUUGAAGACAAAAUAAAUGUAUUAGGAAAUCGUUUGAUUAUGUUGGAAGAUUUAUUAAAGAAAUUUUAUCUUGAUACAAGUUACUUAAAAUUAUUGAAAGAGACCCGUGAAAAAUACAUUACUCUUUAUAGAAACUAUAAAGAACUUGAACAAGAUAUUACAAUCGAAGAAGGGAGUGAAAUAAUGAUAUGA